AUGUCAAUCAAGGAAAAAUUUGAACGUGGAAUAUACUCAUUGAAAUCCGUACCGCGCAUAUUGGACAUGGAUGUUACGGGCAUAUAUAUAAACAAGAAUGGACUUUAUCCAAACGAAGUCGAAUCACUGGAAGACAUGGAUUGGGAAAGAGAUAAACUUUUAACACAAAAGCUUAAAGCAACUAGUUAUGGUGAUUGGCAAUUUCAUAUUGGAAUGAUAAAUACAAAGCAUUUUGAAAAUAGAGAAAAACUAGAUGAUAUGUUUGUAAAUAAAAGUGAACGAACUAUUUCAGAAGCCUGCAAAAAUACUGAACGAAUCUCUAUUCAAAAAGCUAUUGAAUUAUUCGGUAUUGAAUUUUCAUGUGAUAUGGAUUGGUAUUUGAAGAAUCAAAAUGCAAUUGAAGAGGAUUUAAAUCGUAAACUUUUAUCUUUGGAUUUAAAUGAUGAAUAUUUAAUGAAAAAAUUAGAGCAAGAACUGUUUUAUAAUCAAAUGUGUAAAUUAUUUGGCGGAACUGAAGAUGAUCAUAAUAAACCAAAAGAUGAUGAUACAAUUUAUGAAAAAUGUUUUAUUGUAAAAGAUUUUCAUAUAUUACUAUCGUAUGGAAAUUAUAUGUUUGCCAGUGCAAAACGAGGAAAUUAUUAUCUACUAUUUCGAUAUGUGUAUUAGCUAAAAAUGUUUGAUUGCAACUUUUCUUUCAAUAACUUUUAUUGUAAUAUCUUAAGUUUAAUUAAAUAAACUACCAUAAUCUAUAUUUCCAUCACUCUAUAAAAAAACUGCAUUUUAGUUUCAGUCAGCAUCUGUCUCUUGAGAAUGAGGGGGUACAAUUAGAAUCACGUUACUAUUCGAAACCACAAAAUGAUAUUGAUAUACAUAUAAGCCAUUCAAUAAAAGCCACAGCCGAUUCUCUAUGACAGCGCCCAAUCCGUAUUCUUCGAUUUAACUCAUUUCCAUAUAUGUGAUAGAGGCAAGCAUGAGGGUGUGGGUGUGGCUGGGUGUUUCUCUUCUUCGCACACCCCCGCCCCCACCCACACACCCACACCUGCCCUCGCCCACACCCAGGCCCCGCCCCCACCCCCAACCCACCCCCACCCACCCCCCCGCCCCCGCC